UUAACAAUAGAUAUUUUAAGGAAAAAAAAUUCAUUUGAAGAAAAUCUUUGCUGUCUCUCCCCUGUCUAACUGGUAUGUGCAAGUGUGUGUGUGUGAAUGUGUUUCUAUUUCCAGAGUAUCUCAGUGAAAUGAAAAAUGCCAUAGAAGAAAAAAAAAAAUAGAAAACCAUAGUGCGAUGCAUUGCUUUUCCUCCUUUUGAUUUCUAAUCGUCAUCAUUGUCCGGCAUCGCAGUCGUCAUCAUCACCAUUCAAUAAAUUUCCAAUAGUUGUAUUUAUAAUUGUUUACUUUUCAAGUGAAAUUUCUAUUGUGUCCGUCCAGUGAUUGUUGGGAGAUUGUUCAACAUCACACACACUGAAAUCCAGCCAAAAGUGUUUAGUGUCAUAUGUGAAUUGUUUUUUUUUCUGUACGUUUCAUCUCAUCUCCAGAAAAUAUCUUUGAAGUUAAUUGGAUUAUUAUUUUUAAUAAAAGCGAAAUACCAAAUCUUCAAAUCGUAGCCAAACCUGCAGUCUCAUCAUCUUCAACUUUAUCACCAUCAUCAUCACCAUUGCCACCAAAUAGCUUCUCAAUUAACACAGAUAUUUUUCGGGUUUAUUUCAAAUUUCUUAAUUAAAAAAGGAACCAAAUGUCUUCGAUUACAGCACAAGUAUCAAUGGUGUAAAGAGCUUUUCUUCCUGCCGCCCACAGCUCCGCAUCUCUCAACCACCCCCCCACACACACAGUAAACAGUACGAAAAUAGAGUAAACAUUUGAUACGAUCGAUAGUCAAAUAUCAUUGACCGCAAAACUCUCUUCCUGCAUCCAAACGACAGCAAUUGGUGGCGGCCUCCAUAGACUCUACACCAUUCACAAUGAACGAUGCAGCAAUUGGUAAUCAUGGCAUCGCCCCUAAUCAGAGUGAUAUAAACAGGCAAUCUGAAUCGCCGGCACGCACGAUUGACUCACAUGACUCAACCACGGGCAGCAUGGACACCAUAGUGGAUCGAACAACCCAUCAGAGCAACCACGGCAGCAGCAGCAGUGCCAACAAUAAUAUGGGCAACAUAGCUGUGGCUAUGGGUGGUGUUAGCAGUGGUCAUGGUGGUAUGGUUGCCACCACCAUCAUUCCCAGCACCAUGAAUAGCCAUGAGGAAAUGAUGCAGACCACCAUAGAGCAAAGUACGAAUACCACAAAUAUGCAACAGCACCUUCACAACAGUUUGACCAAUUCCGAAAUAGCCAUGUUGCAACAGCAAAACUCUGGCGGAAGUGAUGAUGAACUAAUGCUGCAACAACAGCAUGGCAGCCAGAACGGCAACAAACAGCAACUGCAUAACAACAACAGCAUCAACAAACCCAUGGAUGCCCAGAGUCACAUCUACUCGAGUCCGGUGUAUGAUGAGAAGCCUCCGGUGCAGCCCUUGAAGCUAACAGCCGCCGCUUUGGUGGAUACUGUGGCAGCCAAGAACCAGCAGGGUGGUGAUGAUUUGAAGAAACCCAAAUUAAUAUCGCACGAGGAGUUCAAGCAACAGCUGCAGGAAACCAUUGCCUCAAGGGCAGCCACUUUGGAUUCUAGAAUAAGCAAGAAACAACGUUUUCCCCCAGAACUCAUCAAAGAUGAUCGCAGUUCUGUUAAAUCUUCCAAAUCGCUGAAAAAGAAAUCCUCUACAUCAUCCUCACACAAAAGUAGUACAGCCUGCUGUUCAGCCUUCCCUGUGCAGAUUAUUUUGGGUCUUCUCCAACUGGUCUUGGCCAUAUCAUUGGUGGCCCUGGGUUCUUUGCUGAUUGUGCGCGAGGCAUCUCUGUCCACGGCAGGCUGUGGCAUAUGGACAGGUUUGAUUGCUGCAGUGACGGGAUCACUGGGAGUUGUGGGUUUGCGCAAAACCCAAACAUCGUUUCUGGCACUGAGUUUGGUGUGCAUAGCUUCCAGUACUCUGGCCUUGGCCAUAACGGGAGUUGGUUUAUCGCGAGAUGUGAAUCAAUCGAAAAAGAAGUUCGAUUUACUAAAUUCCAAUAAUGAAAUUUCGGCCGCCUCUGGUUUAAUUUUUACUUUAUUUCUUCAUUUCGUUGUGAGCGUUGUCUCCGUGUAUCGAUGUGCAUUGCAAAUGUGUUCAAGAUCUAAAACUGCUGAAUUACAGGACAUCUUUAUUAAAUCAAAUGCUAAUGGACUGGCCUUGGAUCCUGAAAAAGUGGAUCAAUAUGUCAAAGCUAUGUCAAUUUCAGGAAGUGAAAAAGAUGGUAAUGAAAAACUUGCCGCUUUGUGGAUGUAUGCAGCUCAAACUGCCAGUAUGGGUGGACAAACCAAACCAAAAAUGGCAACAAAUGGCAGACCUAUGAUGUUAAUUCCAGCUACGGGAAAUCUUACACCGACAAUGAUGCCUCAGCCCAUGCUGCCACCCCCAAUACAUCGUCCCCCAAUGGGAGCCUAUCGUGGCAUGACCUUACCCUAUAUGAGAACCGCUUCUAUGCCUGUCAUAUAUGGACCCCUUCAACCACCACAUCCCCUGGCCGGCAGCAUGCCCGGAAGCAUAACAGGUACCUAUCGCACACAAAGAAGUACAAAGUCGGUGGAUCCCCGCAAGAAGCGUAGAGCUGCGGGACAAAUUUUACGUUCUGGCAAGUCUGAUGCUAAUCGUCGACAAAGACGUAAAUCCGAUGCUGAUGUUAUCGAUGGUAAUCCCUCAUUUCAAUACACCGGCUUAGAUCGGGCAAUAGCAGAUAAUUUCUUGGCCAGACAAGAACAGACACAAGUGAGUAGUCAUGUGGACUACUCAUCAUCGUCAGGUGCUAGCGAGACAUAUGGCCAAGCGGCGGGUAUGGGACCCUCGAGAGCCUCAUCGAAAACAAAAAUUGUUUGUCGUGAUGUGGUAAUGUAGAAGCUAAUGCUAUGAGUAAGGUAGGCAAGAAUUGUCAACCUAAGGGAAAAGAAAGUUGUUUUGUAUGGGGAGGCUUUUCACGAUCUGACAAACCGAUAAGUUCUGUUGACAUAAAGCUUCAUAAUCGGCACACUACAAUAUUUUUUGUGAUUUUUUCGAAAAAGUGAUAGAAUUUUGUAACUUUGUGAAAAGUAUCCCCAAUUACCAUUAGUUUUAAUGAAUUGUAAUGUAUUCAAUCUAAUCUAUAAUCUAUUGUAUAUAGUUUUUUAAGAUUUCUACAACAAAUUAAAAACAAUCAUAACCAAUCUAUUCAAGAUUUAUCAAGGAUAUAUAUUUUUUAUAACCUUAUACCCAUAUCUUAUUCAUUAAGUUGUCAUUUAAUAAAUAUAUAAAUAUUUCAUAUAUUGUCUAAUAAUUGUUAAUAUAUACUUACAUAUAUGAAUGUAAUGCAACCACGAUGUAUAAUGAAUGAAAUAAAGCAAAAUGUUUUAAUUUUAUUAUAGAUUUCAGUGUAGCCAUGGUAAAAUUAAGAGGUAGUGUCAUUAGCACAACAACAAAAAACUACCACCAACGAAACUACCUUGAUUUGCAUAUACCAUAACUUCAAAUGUCAAAGUGGUUUUAGAAAUAAACUAUGUUUAACAACUUAUCGA